GUGUGUGCUUUCUUGUCUGUGUGUGCACUACAUGUAUGCAAAUGCCCACAGAAGCCAGAUGAAGGCAUCAGAUUCCCUUGAACUGUAGGUACAGUGAAGUUACCAACCACCUGCUGAGGGUCCUGGGAACUAAAUCUGAAUCCUUUGUUAGAACAGCAAGUGCUAGUAACUGUUGUGCCGUCUUUCAGUUGUCACGGUGUGUGUGUACCUGUGUUAUGUGUAUAACAUGGAGGCUGGAGAUCAUCUUCCAUUGAUGUUAUACACCUCAGGAUCCGUCCACCUUUUUUUGUUAGGACCUUGCAUCCUGUCACCUUCCUUACCUUCCCCUGAUCUCCCGUCUUCUUCCUUCCCUUGCCCUCUCCUGUUUCUACUCUCCCUCUUUUUUUGGGGGGGGUUCCUACGCACCCAUGCUUGUGAUCAGACCCAGGAACUGUCACUUGUGAGGAGAUGAGUACUCUGUCACUAAGUUACAAUAGCAAUCACCCCAGUCCCAGGGUCUGUUUCAUUUUGAGACAGCAUUUCUCAUGAUCCUGACUCAGCACCGUUAGGUUACUAUUACAAGUAUGUGCCAAUAGGCCUGCUAUAAAUUCCGCUGAAGCAGAUUUACCUCCCUUCCUCUUUGAGGAUGUUGUCUUCCACACUUUACCACUUUCAUGGCACAGUGUUCUCCUGGGGACUUUCUAUGGAUCUGAGGCUCCAGACUGGUGAGGAAGAAGAGCAGGAGGGACACUCCUCUCAUUGACAUCUUGACAUGUGGUGAGAUGUUGUAUUUGUCUUUAAGAAGCCCCCUGUUCUGUAGAAAGUCAGCUUCCCUCUCUCUGUCUCCAUCUCUGUCUCUGUCUCUGUCUCUGUCUCUCUGUCUGUCUCCAUCUCCGUCUCUCUCUCUCUCUUUCUCUCUCUCUCUCUCUCUCUCUCUCUCUCUCUCUCUCACACACACACACACACACACACACACACACACACACUAGCUCUCUCUCUGUCUCCAUACUAUCCAGCAAGUACCCAUACAGGGUGUAGAAAGUGACGGGGUAGUGACAGGAAGAGUGGGGGUAGCUCCAGGAGACAGUCUUGGUCACUGGAACCAGGGAGAGCCAGGGGUUCCACAGCGUUGGAGCCUGAGGGGUAUGUGGGUACUGCAGUGGGAACUGCAGGCCUGGCUCAGGAGAGGAGAGAAUGGUCCUGGAUUUGAUCUGUUUACAUGACAAAGAUUCCUAGCUUUGUUUUUUUCCCAUGGUAGCCGCUCAGAGCUUGGCAGAGGCGUAGAAGAGGGGAAUCUGUGGGAGUCUGAAUUUCGAGACUAUGCAUGGCCAAGCAAGUGGUAGACCUAAGAGAGGAGAUGGUUGCCAUGAUGCCCUGGAUAGAACUUGCUGACUGGAGGUGAGGGCCAGAGAGGGCCAGCCAGGAGCACUUCAUCCCAAUAGUGCCCCUCAUAAAAAAGUCAAGGAACAAUAGUUUUCACAAUAGAUCAAGGAAAAAGAAGUCUAAAUGAUUUAGGUUUCUGGCGGUGACAAUUCCAUUGCUUUUCAUUAAAUAUUCCAAACAAAUUAUUUAAAAUGCUUUCACCAGAUCUCUUGUUUUUAUGCUGUCUUUGUUCCCUGAGCUCAUGCUGAGGAUGACUGUUGUUACAGAUCCAUCAGCAUGUGUUGUCAGAGAGCUGCAAGCUAAAACAGUAAGAGACACUACCCAUGGGAGCACUAGAUGCCAGACCGCUCCCCUCCAAAUGCAGCAAGGCGCCAUGGGAGAGUCUGCCACCAAUGCUGGGAAUGUGACAUGGUGCAGUGGCCUGGGAAGUGAGUUUAGAAAUGCCUUACGAAACAGCCACCUCAUCCCUUGGCCCAGAGGAUGCUGGAGGGCCAACUCUCACCGGCAGGCAGUCAGGGCUGCAGACUCUUUCAGGCAUGUUUCAUGGCUGAGCUCAGACCUUGGCAAUUUGUCUCAUGCCAUUGCCAAAUGAGAAAUGACAAUUCUGGGAUGUCACUUUUUCUGAAGGUUGCUUGCAUAAGCAUCUCAACUCCAAGUGGCAUGGCACAUGUCACCCCUCCCCGCCCCCGUGCAUCACUCUUGUGUGAAUCUAGUGGGCCUGUGCAUCUCGGACAAGUGCUUGCAGGAAGACACCCAUUCGCAAAG